AUGUUGUUGUCGGAUAGCGUAGGAUACUUAUCCCAAGGUGUUUGGACGACUGGACGCGUUGUAUGGCUGGUGUUGGUUGAGGUUGACCACAAGAAGUUCUGGCCUGAAGCGAGAGAAGCGGAAACUUCCGCGAGGCUACGAAACCGCCUCUAUGCAACCAUCAUCGCGGGACAACUAUUCUCCCCGGACGCCCUUGGUAUCGAUGGAUCUAUUACGAGUUCACCCACGACUGUUAUAAUUCUCGAAACACCCGUCAUUCUAACAUCGUUUUCUCACAAACUCGCUGUUUCCCCUGCCGCUAUGGAGCCGAAUCUGAUUGAGGGGCAAGGCUUGCGAAUUGCUGUCGAGGGAUGUGGUCAUGGAACUUUGGAUGCUAUUUAUGCAUCAGUGAGCAAGGCAUGCGAAGUUCGAGGCUGGGAUGGAGUUGAUCUCCUUAUUAUUGGCGGAGAUUUCCAGGCAGUUCGAAAUGCCUCUGACCUAACUAUUAUGUCCUGUCCUGUUAAGUACCGGGAGAUUGGUGAUUUUCACAAAUACUACAGCGGCGCCAGCGAAGCGCCCUGUCUUACAAUAUUCGUUGGUGGUAACCAUGAGGCGAGUAGCCAUCUUUGGGAACUCUACUAUGGCGGAUGGGUUGCACCGAACAUCUACUAUAUGGGAGCUGCGAACAUCGUACGGCUAGGUGGCGUUCGGAUCGCUGGAAUGUCUGGCAUUUGGAAGGGCAGAGAUUUCAACAGGCACCACCACGAACGGCUUCCUUACAACCAAGACGAUAUCAAGACGAUUUACCAUGUCCGGGAGAUCGAUACGAGGAAGCUUCUACUGCUGAAGUCCCAAAUCGACGUUGGGAUUAGUCAUGACUGGCCACGAGCAAUCGAGAGACACGGCAACGAAAGGUCAUUGUUUAAAUUGAAGCCAGACUUCGAGCAAGAAUCAAGGGAUGGAACGCUGGGCAACUUAGCUGCUGCAUUUGUCAUGGAUCGCCUCCGUCCUCCAUAUUGGUUUGCAGCUCAUAUGCAUUGCAAAUUCUCCGCGACGAAAAUUUACGAUAGAGUAGACAAAGCCGCAGAGCCUGCAAUGCCAAUAGAUGCCCCGGAGCGAGCCAUUGCUGAGGUGCAGAUUAUACCGGACCCCAGUGCCUUACCAAGCGCCCACAAUGAGGAUGAGAUCGACCUUGAUAUGGAUGGUGAUGAGGAUGCGCCACAAGAACUCACCCCAACAAAUGGGACCGCGUCUACUAAAAAUCAAGAUCAGAUGGAGCUGGAGAGCCGUGGGGUGCCUCCACCAGAAUCACUUUCGUCUGUCCCUGCAGACCUCCGAGCGCAACUUCCUGCAGCCUUCUCACGACCUACUCCCCCACAACCACGGAUACAAGCAGGACAACCCACGCCCGCCGAGGUGGAAAAUACGACUGUGAGAUUCCUUGCCUUAGAUAAAUGCUUGCCUGGGCGAAAAUUCCUCCAACUUAUGGAGGUUUAUCCUUAUCAUACAUCUACAACCCCACCAUCUCUUACUCGGUCGGCUUCGAGACAAAAGCACAAGUUUGAGUACGAUCCCGAGUGGCUGGCUAUAACGCGGGUGUUUGCUCCUGAUAUUUUACUGGGAGAUAAAACGGCCCCUCCUGUCCAAGAUCUCGGAGAGGCCCACUACCGUCUGCUAAUUGACAAGGAGCAAGAAUGGGUUAAUGAACAUAUUGUGAAGGAAGGGAAGUUGGAAAUUCCCGAGAAUUUUGUCAUCACCGCUCCUCCAUUCGAGAUUGGGAUGCCAGAAAUUGUGAGCGAGGGACCAAUGGAGUAUAACAACCCGCAGAUGCAACAGUUCUGCGAUUUACUUGGGAUUGAAAAUAAGUUCCAUGCGACCGAGGCGGAACGAGACGAGAGAAUAAGAAAUGGUCCAGCACCAGCGGAGGCAAGAUUCAAUGGUGGGUUUGAUCGAGGGGGUGGGAGAGGCCGUGGGCGUGGAGGAGGACGAGGCCGCGGACGAGGUGGACGUCGAGGCGGAGGUCGAGGAUGGUAG